CUCAUCUUCCAUCUCUCUCUCUCUCUCGCUCUCGCUCUCGCUCUCUCUCUCUAAACCAUAGAAUUCUCGCUCAACGAACAUGACGAUGAAUCAUGUAAUAACCCUAGCUCGCCGAUCUCAAAAACCCUCAUUUCUCCUCCAAACCAUCCGAUUCGCCUCCGCCUCUCCUGCCAUCAUUGGCGCCUCCGUGGGUCCCACCACGCCAGCUGCCCCCCCGGUCAUGCCCUACGAUCUUCUCGCGGAAACCGUCCGAUCGAAGCUCAAGCGCCUCGACGACCCCGACCCACGCUUCCUCCGCCACGCCUCCCCACACCCCACCCUCAGUGACCACACUCCCAUCCUCUCCUCCCCCGCCACACGAGUCACCACUCUCCCCAAUGGUCUCCGCGUUGCCACCGAGUCCUCUCUCUCCUCCCGCACCGCCACCGUUGGCGUCUGGAUUGACGCUGGCAGCCGUUUCGAGACGGACGACACCAAUGGCACCGCCCACUUCCUCGAACACAUGAUCUUCAAGGGGACUGAGAAGCGGUCGGUCCGUGUUCUUGAGGAGGAGAUCGAAAACAUGGGGGGCCACCUCAAUGCGUACACCUCCAGGGAGCAGACCACCUACUACGCCAAGGUCUUGGACAAGGACGUGCCUAAGGCCCUUGAUAUCCUCGCCGACAUACUGCAGAAUUCGUGCUUUAAUGAGGAUCAGAUCCGCCGCGAGCGGGAUGUCAUUCUACGGGAGAUGCAAGAGGUGGAGGCUCAAACCGAAGAAGUUAUUUUUGAUCAUUUGCAUGCAACUGCGUUCCAGUACACUCCUUUGGGUAGAACAAUACUCGGACCUGCUCAGAAUAUCAAAACAAUAACCAAAGAGCAUCUUCAAAACUACAUUUCAACUCAUUACACAGCUCCUAGAAUGGUUAUUACUGCUGCUGGUGCAGUUAAGCAUGAGGAUAUAGUUGAGCAGGUGAAGAAGCUGUUCACAAAGCUGUCAACUGACCCUACGACAGCCUCUGAGUUAGUUGUGAGAGAACCAGCUGUUUUUACUGGUUCUGAGGUUCGAAUAAUUGAUGAUGAUGUUCCGCUAGCACAGUUUGCGGUUGCAUUUAGUGGAGCAUCUUGGACAGAUCCAGAUUCGAUUGCUUUGCUGGUCAUGCAGUACAUGCUGGGAUCUUGGAAUAAAACUUCAGGCGGGGGGAAGCACAUGGGGUCAGAGCUCGCCCAGAGGGUUGGGAUUAAUGAAAUAGCUGAGAGCAUGAUGGCUUUUAACACCAACUACAAAGACACUGGCCUGUUUGGUGUCUAUGCUGUUGCGAAGCCGGAUUGCUUGGAUGAUUUAUCCUAUGCAAUUAUGUAUGAGAUCAGCAAGUUGUCCUACCGCGUUUCAGAAGCCGAUGUUACUCGUGCUCGCAAUCAGUUGAAAUCCAGUCUUCUACUUCACAUUGACGGAACCAGUCCUGUUGCUGAAGAUAUUGGCCGACAGCUACUUACAUAUGGCCGCAGACUCCCAUUCGCCGAACUUUUUGCAAGGAUCGAUGCUGUUGCUGCGAGUACUGUCAAACGUGUUGCAAAUCGGUUUAUAUUUGACAGGGACGUUGCAAUUGCCGCCAGCGGUCCAAUCCAGAGCCUUCCUGACUACAACUGGUUCCGUCGCCGUACCUACUGGCUUCGCUACUAGGUUGUCUGUUUGCAUCAUUGUUUCUCCCCCAUCGUAAGAUCUCAUAAGCCGAUGUUCGGUUGCUUUGCCCAACCACAUUUCUACAUGAAAAGCCAUUCAUGGCGAUGUAUUUUGUUCUGGAACAUUCCAAUAUUGCUCAAAUAAUCAGCUUUCAAUAACAUGGAAUGGCUGUGUUUCGUGCACCUCAUUUUGUUCACUCAAUAUCUUGGAUUAGUAAUCUGCUGAAAGGGACACAUUGUGAAACCUAGUGAAUUUACAAAAUGUGAGUUAUUCGUUCUUAGA